AUGCGUUUGAGACAAGCGAUGGCAUCAGCGACCAUCUCCCAAGUCUCGUCCAGCGGGACGGCGCUCAACGAACUGACGUAUGUCACGCGCACAACCACAGCCACUGUCAUUCAGCCUCCUCCCCCAGGACUCAGCUGGUUCUGGACCACGCAUGAGGGCCGAAGUACAAUCAUAUGGGUGCACAAGAGCACAUCUUCGUGGCUCACUGGACCAAUCACUAUCUCCAGCAGUCCAACGACAUCUACAGAGACAUCAGCAAAUGCCACGUACCUUCCAGGCAUCGACGCAGGCCCCGAGUCUACAAGUACGUCUGCUCCUACUACGCCUACGAGGAAGUCUGCUACCCAGGCUGUCGUGAUCUCCCUGAGCACAACGAUUCCUGUUUUGUUGGGAGCUUUCUGCGCCUGGUUCAUGUACAGACGCAGAAGCAAGAAGAGGCCGAUUAUGAAGACAGAGGACUCCGAGAAUGAUGAAUGCGCAGCCGUUGAAACGGACGGUGCAGUAGUCAGCGAGUUAUCCGAUGUGAAAGAUCCACGAGAGGUGGAGGACACGGGUAUUUCGGAAAUGCAUGUGCCUCCUGUCGAGCUUGAGGGUGAUGCACCAGCUCAGGUGCUCAGAUCGGAUCAUGAGCUUUCCGAGGGAGUGAACUGGUUUCGCGAGACAGUAGGUGCCGUUCUGAGUACGAAGUGA